CCCGAACAUUAGCCGCUGAUUCACGUUAGCUUGUUUUCAACCCCCUUCUCUCUCUUUUCCCUUGUGUUUUCCCUUUCCCAACUUUUAAUAGAGUAAUUAUCAUCCCCUCUUUUACUUCUUUCCCCUACUUUAGACUUUGCCUAAAGACUUUGCCUUUACCCUUUUCAAGUGAAAAUUCUUGCAAUAUUUUGGGUUGAAAAUUGAUCAAAGAUUCAAUCUUUAGCUGAAAUUUUGGCUUCUUUAUUGCCUGAGGUGAAUUUGUGAGAUGGGUUUUUUGUGUUGGUGAAGCUGAUUCGAUCUAGGGUUUUUCUUGAAAUGGGUUUUAGUUGUUCAAUUUCAAGUUUCGAGAAAUGGGUGUGAAUUGUGCUGUUUCAUAUUGGAUUUCCAAGAAAAGGGUAUGAUUUCUGAUGCUUUAAUUUUGAAAUUUUAGGAAUUUAGUUGUUUAUAUCUUGGAAGUUAGUAGAAUUGUUUGAGCCCCAAAUUGAUGUUCUUGGUUACUUUAAUGUGCUUUGAAAUGGUUUAAUCUUUCUGGGGUUUUCGUGUAUUGGAUAUUUGGAUCAAGUUUUAUUAUCGAGCUCAUAAGUAUGGAUGAUUCGAGAAAUAGGCAUAAUGAUCACUUGGGUGUUAACAAGAUAGGCAAAAAUAUCAGAAAGUCUCCAUUGCAUCAACCUAGUUUUACUAAUACAGCGCGGCAGCAACCCCAGCCUCAAGUGUACAAUAUUAACAAAAAUGACUUUAGGAACAUUGUUCAGCAGCUUACUGGGUCGCCUUCCCACCAUGAUCCACUUCCUAGACCUGCUCAGAACCCAUCAAAGCCAGCAAGUAUGAGGUUGCAGAAGAUUAGGCCUCCUCCAUUGGGUGCUAUAACUGUAAACAGACCCCAAAUGCCUAUGCGCCCACCUCCACCCCCUAUACCUGCCCUGCCUCCUCCUAGGGCUGCUCCUCCGUUUAGUAAUAACUUCUCUAGACCACCACCAGGUCAUUUUGGUCCCCCAUCACCAUCGAUGAUGCCACCACCUUACCCACCUGGUGAUCAAGUUUGGUCGAAUACAGCUGAGUCUCCUAUAUCGGCGUACAUGAGAUAUCUUCAACAUUCCAUCCUAGAUUCCGGUCCAAGACAAAGCCAUAUGCAACCACAAAAUCAGCCACCAUAUCCAAGUCAAAAUCAAGCAUACCCGCCUUCAUCCGGAUUACAUCCUAAUCCAUCUGGUCCCCCUCCUUUGCCAUCACCAAGGAUGAAUGGCCCUCCUGUUCUACCUUCGCCCAGGAUGAAUGGUCCUUCCCUUUUACCAUCACCUAGGGUAAAUGGUCCUCCGCCCCUACCAUCAGAUAGGAUGAAUGGUCCUCCACCCCUCCCUUCUCCUAGAAUGAAUGGUCCUCCACUUUUACCAUCUCCUACUUCACAAUUCCUAUUGCCUUCGCCCAAUGGUUACAUGAACAUGUUAUCUCCACGAUCACCUUACCCAUUGCUUUCUCCUGGAUAUCAAUUUCCUCCACUGUCACCAAAUUUUUCGUUCUCGCCAUUUCCUCAGCUAGGGGUUUUAGGUCCUGGGCCGCAUCCUCCCCCCUCUCCUGGUUAUGGGUUCCCGUUAUCUCCUUCGGGAUUUUUCCCUAUGUCAAGCCCAAGAUGGAGGGAUCAAAUUGCAAGCCCAAGAUGGAGGGAUCAGUAGUGUUAGAUGGAUGCCUGAUUAUGCACCGAGUUACACCUUUGAGUCUCUAUAGAUUCUUCAUACCUCAUAGUGACCCAUCUUCGUAAUGGAAGCUUCUUCCGUGAAAGGUAUAAUGUAGACCAGCAGUGUAAGAUAUCUUGUUGAACUUUUUAGUCUUCUUUUAGCCAUUAUUUUUUAUUUUGUUAAUACACAUUUCAAAAAAGUAUUUUGAGAUAUGUAGUACUCUUUAACAGUUGUAAUUGUUGAUUCCUUGAAAUUAUUAUUUACAUCAAUUGAUAUAUAGUGAAGAUGUAUAACUUAUUUGAAA